AUGCUCAAGUACGUAGACGUCUUUCGGCCAGCCAGGCUUAAAGACGAGAAGAGCGUUCGUUGUAGAGUACUUGGUGCUACAUAUGAUAAUAAGCUCUUGAUGCUUGUUAAUACAACCUCUCAAACUUCGGUUGAAGAAGUUUCAUCAAAAGGAGAGUCUACAACUGUUAUAUCUUUUAAGAAAUAUAUUGAUAUUGUAAGUGCACAUUUAUCAGAAGACCACGAAUUAUGUCAUUUAACAGAAAGAAUCCCAUCGCCAAAAGGAUUUUCGUUUAUAUCAACAAUCUACCACAUAUUUGGCAACGCCAAAAGCAAAGAAAUUCAGUACGAUUCCCCUAUUGACGGGUUUUUCUUACCGGGAUCCGCAAAUGGAGUUUAUCAGAUGAUCCAUGUCAUAGGAAACAGAUUAACUCAUCUGAAAAUAACGAUUUCGAAGAGAUCUGUAGAAAUGGAAAAACUUAGAGGCGGCAUACAUAUUCCUAAUCUAAUCUCCUAUCAUUUUGACUACAAUCUCUGUACAUUAAUAGCAAUUUACUCGAAUGAUAAAUCCGUUUUUAUGUCUGUAUUUAAUAUGCUCUCUCAAAAUUUCGAUUCGGAGCCACCAAUCCACGUAAAUGUGAUGCAAACUUCAAAAUUACCUCACGAGCUUGCCUUAAAUCCACUUUCCCAUCUCCAUCUUCCUUACUUUCACAAUGCCAACAAUAGAUUCUACGUAUUUUCCCAUAACAACAAAAGAUGCGUGAUACAACAAUUAUUUAAUGGGCCAGAGACACAUUUAUCAUUCUGUGUAUCUACAUAUCCGCAAGUAUUCAAUCAUAUUAUCAAUGCGCCCAACAUUUCUUCAGAUGUUCCUCUUUGUUUUGCCAGAUUUGAUUCUAUUGUCAUAGUUUUUGUUCCUAACAACUACAUUUGUGCUAUAGAUGCAUUCCUUACACCACCAUCGAUCACAGUUCUACCAAAAUGUCUCGCUAAUUCAUUCUGUAGCAUAUGUUCCUCCACAUUACCACUUGAAAACAACAUUGUCGAUUUAGAUACAGGUUCAAUCUUUAACAUUGAACUUGAUUUCUCUAAAUUGAUCCCGUUUGCUCCAGCUCUUGACCAAAGUACGUGGUAUUCGUUUGCAUUAAUCAUUUUCCGAGUCCAACGCGCUGAUUACUUAUCACAGAUGCUUAAUCUUCUUGUUCUCAUCAACGAUGUCGAUACAGUUCAAACAUUUUUCAGCGCAUUAUUAAAUAAUUACUCAAUGCCAUCCCGUUUUGGUCGUGUUGCUGUUCGAUCACGAUCUGGAGCUGUUUCAUCAUUUACCAAGACUGUUGUUCCAUUACGACCUCCUUCACAUCCAUCAUUCCGUUCAUCAAUUGGUCUUUCGUGCAAAGAAGAAGUUGAAGAGAUCGAGAAAGAGUUUCCUUCAUGUGGAGUUGUUUCAAGAAAGAAAGCAUUUCGACAUGCAGUGAAAUCUCUUAUAGAAAAGAAAGGCUCCAACCAGAUAGAAAUCUCAGCGAAGAAAGCUUUGAACUUCCUUCGAAAACAGAAUGAAGGAGCUUUGUUGAUAAGAGAUUCAAUCGAUCUGUGGAUCAACACUUUUCAUCCUGAUGAUUUUUGGAAAAUGACAAUUAUGUUUGUCUUACAAAACGAAGCAACAUUUCAAUCAUUCCCUUUCAUACCUUGUCUCAAAGAAGAACUAGGAAUACUUGGUGACGCUCUCUGCUCUAAGCCAAUGAGACAGAAGUUUGAAUCAGUGGGAAUAAUGCCUCCUUCUGAAGAUCCUGGACCAGAUUCUUCUUAUUGGAAGGAUAGAUUUAGCCUAUCUGGAAGUAGCAGCAGCGAUUCAACAAUCACAACUUCCUCAAGGGUUUUCCAUAGAUUCGAAGGUUCCGAAGAGAUUCUUAAGUCAUUUAAUAGAGAUGACCAAUUCGAUUAA